CCCCCAUUAGUCUCCGCCACUUCCAAAUUCCAAACCAAAACCACUCGACCGUUGCAGACUCACUCACUCACUCACUUCACUUCAAACAUCAAAAUCAAAUAAGCUUCUAUCAUAUAAAUGCCCUCUCCCAAAAAGCGUAUUCCAACACUCAUCGAAAAUCCUCAAACCAUGUCCGAAAUGAAACAUCAUCAGCACAAAAUGUCUCAAUACGAAAUCUCCAGAGAAGAAAGAAUCCGCGAAAAUCGCGAAAGAAUGGGGAAGUUGGGCAUUUUCGACAUUUCACUUUCCCUCAAGCUCAAACCCAAAACAACACCUUCACGUCGAAAUCAAUCUAACCCCAAAUCACCUCUUUCGCUUAACCCUUCUGGCCCCACUCGCCGCUCUUCAAGGUUGCAGAAUGUUGCUCCUAUUAGUUACUCUGAAGCGCCAUUGAAGAAAGUUGGGCGUGAGAAAAAUAAUAAGGUUGUGAUAAGGGAAGGUUCGGAGCCUGAGAUUUAUACUGAAAAACAUGAGAAGCUUUUGGGGAACACUGAGAAAACUUGGGAGCUUUUUGUGGAUGGUGUUGGAAAAGAUGGGAAACGGAUUUAUGAUUCUGUUCAAGGGAAAACUUGUCAUCAGUGUAGGCAAAAAACUCUUGGUUAUCGGACACGCUGUUGUGAAUGCAACAUGGUCCAGGGGCAGUUUUGUGGAGAUUGCUUGUACAUUAGAUAUGGGGAGCAUGUACUAGAAGCCUUGGCGGAUCCAAAUUGGAUAUGCCCAGUUUGUCGUGGAAUUUGCAAUUGUAGCUUAUGUCGUCAAGCAAAAGGAUGGGCACCUACUGGAGCUCUAUAUAAAAAGGUAUCGCGGUUGGGCUACAAAUCAGUCGCUCACUACCUCAUUCAAACUCGGCGCUCCGAUACAAAUGUUGAGAAAAAUGAAGAUGAUGCUUCCAAUACAGAUGUUGAGAAAAAUGACGAUGCUUCCAACCCUGUUUCUGCUAAAAGGUCACUACCUUUCUUGGAUGCCGGUGACAAUAAGUCUCAGGAGGUCAUUGAGUAUAAGAUUGGAUCAAUGCAGCCUCCAGCUGAAACUGAAACUAAUGUUGACGAGGUUGCAACAAAGAGAUCGCUGUGUUUUGCUGAUGAGCAAGAUCAACUUAAAAAAGUCGAUGGCUCAGAUUCAGUUAAGACGCUUGCUUCUUCCACUAAACCAAGUCCAGACAGCAUUGCUGGAAGACUUAGGUCUAGAAUCAAAAAACAAUGAUGAGGAUAAUUUCUUCAAUUUAACCUAGGGUAUGUUGAACAGAACACUAUGUUUUGAAAUUAUCAAACUUGAUAAUUUGGUACUAAAUCCUCUUUUGCCAUAGUGCUACAGUAUUAGUAAUAUCAGUACGUGAAACACUACAAGUGUCACUUUGUUUUUGAACAUCAGUUAUCCAUGCAUGGUCAUAAUUUGAUUU